CAUAUGUACGGCACUUGAUAUUCAGGAAACGCAACUGCGUGUAUUCCCCAUGGUGUAUAUUCACACCCAUGUUACGAGUUAUCUGUCUUAGCUAGGUAGUAUGGGGACAACCGACUCCGCUUAUGACAGAUGUUCUGACGUCUUUUGGGUUUUUCUAUUCGUAUCGUUGCUAUCCAGUUUAACCUGAGCUGUAAUGAGCAGAGCUGAACACCGAUAACUUUAUAUUCUGGCCUUUCAUAUCUUGCGCCAAUAUCUUAACUGGCGGCGCCAACGUUUACUCGAAGUCAUUGUUACUGCCAGGUUUGAGGUCCACUGUUUGUGGUGUAUAACAUCGGUGAACAUUCUCACCAGGUUAAAAUAACAGUCUAAAAUAUAACUAAACGCUGUGACCAUGGCAAGACGUAGGAUCACACAGGAAACCUUCGAUGCGGUGGUCAAAGAAAACAUGGAUGAUUUCGAGAUGGAUCCUGAUGAUGCUUUGAAGGAUGCUGUGGAGCAGUUUGAUUCUCAAGGUGUGGAUCUCGCCUGCAUUGUCAAAGCUGUACCAGUUACAUCUGAAGACAAACAAGGGGACCAAAUGCAAGUUCAUGAAGUCUUACAGGCACUGGACGCCUUAAAAAACACUGGUGACAUAACAAACAUUACCGCAGAGAGCGAGAUCAUUUCCGACCUAAAACGCUUCACAGAGCAGUGUUCCAUUGGAUUUGCCCAGCGGCACCUGGCUUCUACAAAAGAUGCAUAUCCCGUCAUCCUUUCCUGCUGCAAAAGGAGUUUAGAGGACAAGGAAGGUGUAAUAGCUUCUCUCUCUGCCCUGUCUGCACUGACCAAUGGACAGCCGGACUUGUUAAAUGCAGAGGGUCAAACCCUUCUCAUACUGAUCCUAAACAAGUAUCAAGAAGACCCCGCCGUUAUGUCUAUUGGCUUUCGCACAAUACGUCACUGCUGCUUGAAGCAUGAGCAGAACAGGCAAGAUUUGGUGAAAGGGGGAGUGCUUCCUCUGCUUACCGGCGCCAUCAGCCGUAACACAGAAUGCGGCGAGCUGGUCAAAGAGGCCUGCGCCACUCUCCGGUACAUGACCUUCGAUGAUGAUAUCAGAGUUGCGUUCGGGAACGCCCACGAGCAUGCCAAGAUGAUUGUUCAGGACCACAACGCAUUGAAGAUCAUAACUGCAGCUGCUAAAGCUCAUGUGGAUAAUUUCUCUGUGCUGAGUGAAUUGUGUGCUACUUUGUCCCGACUGGCUGUGAGGAAUGAAUAUUGUCAAGACAUCUGUGAUUUGGGAGGACUAAAAUUCAUGAUGACUUUGCUUGUAGACAGCUAUGAGUCCCAGGAGCUGGUCCGUCAGGUUUUCUGCGCGUUAAAGGCAAUCGCCGGGAACGACGAUGUCAAAGACGCCGUGGUGAACGCGGGUGGAGUCCCGCUCAUCGUCAUCGCCAUGAACAGACAUAUGGGCAACCCACAUGUGUGUGAGCAGGGCAGUGCCUGUCUCUCGGUCCUGGCCUUGCGUAAGCCCAAAAACUGCACAGUCAUCAUGGAGAACGGAGGUACUCUUGCAGCGGUCCAGUGUAUGAGGACGCACCCGGAUGUGGUUAAUGUGCAGAGACAGGCGUGUAUGCUGUUGAGGAACCUGGUGAGUAGCAUGGAACACUUCUGCCAACCCAUCCUGGCGAUGGGUGCCCAGCCGCUGAUAGCUCAGGCGCUGCAGACCCACGGAGACCUCGGGGAUGUGUUCAAAGCGGCCCUCCGAGACCUGGGCUGUGAGGUGGAGCUCAAAGAGCUGUGGACGGGCAAGAAGGGCAGCCUCACAUACUGAAGAAGAGCCUUCCAUGGCACUCCUGAAAGGAUUAUGCACCACCGCUAGAAGCCACUUAAUCAAAAUUAAGUAAUUGUCAAGUGUGUUGAAUUCCCUUCCCUGCAAAAUGGUCACUCCUAAUUACUAAUUGUGUCAUAAGCAAUUGUCAACUCAAUAUUGUUACAAAUGCUGUAUUCCAUUUUUUUUUUUUUUUUUUGCAUUAGGCUUUCACACUUUUCCCAAUUGCUUAAUAAUAUUAUUGUAUGUGUAUGUAGAAUGCGUCUCUGGAUGUUUUGAUGAAAUUAAAGAUGGUCAUGUGUUCAUCUCAAAUUUG